AUGUAUCAAACAAUGUAUCCGUCACAUUUAAUGAUGCAGAUUGUCGACCAACCUAACAGACACUGUCCUCAGAUCUCUAUCCCUCCUUAUCCUUACUCCACCAGUUCAAGUAAUAGUAAUUACUACAACAGUAAUCAUAAUAAUAAUAGUAAUAACUAUCAUCACCAUCAUCAUCACCCUCUUCAUCAUCACAAUAAUCGACACCUAGUGCAUCAGAGUUUCCAGCAGGAUAGUCAUGGAAGAGGUCAAUUAUUUCAUUUUAACGGCAAUCCAACUAGACAACGUGAAUUGAUGCAGAAUUCAAUUUACUCACUGGGACACAAUCGCAGAAUGAUUGUUGAAAGUUUAUCACCUAGAAGACCAGGAGGAUCUCCUCCAGGAGGAAAUAAUACAAAUUUACCUGCGAAGAAUUGGCAUCAGAAUAAAAAAACAAAUAAUAAUAAUAAUCAUAACAAUAAUAAUAAUAAUAAUAAUAAUAAUAAUAAUAAUAGUAGUAAUAAUAAAAGUCAUAAUAAUAAAAACGGAUAUUCAGUGCCAACGAACGCUAAAAAAGUUAGCAAUAGUGAUAGUAGUAAUUGUCAAAAUAAUAAUAAUAACAGCAAUAAUUAUAAUAAUAAUAUUAACAAUAAUCAUAAUAAUAAUGAUAAUAAUAAUAACAAUAACAAUGGAGGGAAGAAACAAAAUUACAACCGAUCAAACAAAAGAAAUAUGCAGCGGGAUCAAUCACAGAUUAAGGAAGUCAAUAAUUACGGAAGUGAUAGUGGCUUCAGUUCACGAUCUCCAACGCCUAGUAAACAUGAUAGCCAAAAUGAGAGCUCUGAUGAUCGCGAGUCUAUUGCAUCUUCUGCCGAACCUGAUAUCAAAAAAUUUCAACAAACACGUCCAAGCCCAUCAUCAAAUAUAACGUUCACAUCUCAGGGAUUUAUUAACAAUACAAAUCAAUAUUAUCCUAAUCAACAUAUGAAUUAUUGUCUCAGUACAAGUCCUACGAUAAGUCCGUCUGCAACGCAACUACACCAGCUAAAUUAUCAGGGAAAGAAACGUAAUCACACAGGUGGUCGAACAAGUGCGUUACACAAAUACCAUCAAGUCGGGAAACAACCGGAUUUGGCAAUGCAAUUUGCGAGUAUAUUCCCCAGAUCAUUUUUGGCUCCAGAUCGUUAUUUAGCUAGGUCAAAUUCAAUUGCAUCGAAGGCAUCACCCAGUGAACUUUUACGUAACUCCAAGUGGGACAAAUUGUCACAGAAUGUUUGGGAUAAAUUUUCUUCCCAUCAGCAGUCUGAAGAAAUGUAUGUCAGAAAACUGAUGCUGUGGAAAUACUUGCUAAUUUAUAUCAAAACAAUAUAUCCAAGGUACAGUCUCUUUUUGGUCGGAUCAACAAUGAAUGGAUUUGGGGCCUGUACGAGUGACGUUGACAUUUGUUUAGUCGUACAAAAUACCGAGAUUAUACUGCGAGAACGAGCGCUCGCACACUUAGAGGAAGUUAAAGCUUGUCUGAGUUACUGUGAUUUCAUUCAAAAUUUAGAAUUAAUUCACGCAAAAGUGCCAAUUCUAAAAUUUCGAGACGGAAUACAGCAUUUAGAAGUCGACUUGAACUGUAACAAUGCCGUGGGUGUUCGGAAUACACAUAUGCUUCAUUGUUACUCCCGUAUCGAUUGGCGAGUACGGCCUUUGGUACUAGUCGUAAAACUAUGGGCCCAAGCACAAGACAUCAACGACGCCAAAAACAUGACGAUCAGUAGUUACUCAUUAGUAUUAAUGGUGAUCCAUUUCUUGCAAUGUGGUGUCACCCCGGCUGUUUUGCCGUGCUUGCAAACACUGUAUGGCGAUAAAUUUCGAGAUGAUUCCGACAUUCAUACCAUCGACAUCAAUGAAGAAAUGCACAUUCCGUCAAAAUUGUUGGGAGAAUUGAAUCAUCAGCCACUCGGUGAACUGUUCUAUGAGUUUUUCAAAUACUACGUCAAUUUCGACUUUAUUCGAUACGCGGUAUCGGUACGUUUGGCAAAGCAAAUACCUAUUGAAGAGUGUCGUUUUUCUCAUUCGUUAAAAAAUGAUCCUCACCAAUGGAAAUGGCUUUGUGUUGAAGAACCAUUUGACCUAACAAAUACCGCAAGAUCAGUAUAUGAUUUUGAUACCUUCGAGCACAUCAAGCAAGUAUUCAAACUGACUUGUGAAACACUAGAGAAGACACAUUCACUGGAGAGUGUUUUCAAGAAAUUAAAACCACAAGAACAAACCACCGACUCUACCAACUCUUAA